UUGGAGUGUCAUGGCAUUUCUCUUAUAUGCAUAACUUCUGGGGAAAAUUCUCAAAGUACACAAAGAAGCGGGUGGAGCAGGUAAAGUCAACAGGUAUCUAUCUGUAUGGGAACUGAAGAGUCUCGGGUGAGCUACUUUCUUGCACGACAGGACAGGCACUACAGGACUAAGAGGAGUCCUAUUUACUCUGGUGGAAGUUGUAGAAGGUACAAAAGCUAGCAGAGGGGAAAGCUCUGUGUCUUGGCUCUCUGGGUACCGCUGUAUGGUGUUUCUAUUUUGUCCUGUGGAAGUAAGUUUUGACAAAAAAGAGGUUUGUUUUUCUACCCACAUCCUAGUCUGCGUUCUGAGAGGUAUGCCAGAGAGUGUGCCAGGGGUGAGCAGAGGGCACACCAGAAGGAGGGAAGAUUUUAAAGUUGUUAUUGUUGGUGAUGUGGGAUGUGGAAAAACAUCCCUCAUAACAGUUUACAAUAAGGGAAACUUUCCAGAGAAACAUAUUCCAUCUGUGUUUGAAAAUGUGGUUGCCAAUGUGAGGUAUAGAGGAGCUGAGUUUCGCUUACACCUCUACGAUACUGCAGGUCGAGAAGACUAUGACAGAUUACGGCCUCUUUCUUACCAGAAUGUCAACCUGGUACUGAUCUGUUAUGAUGUCACCUGCCCGUCAUCCUUUGAGAAUGUUUUGAUAAAGUGGUACCCAGAGGUGCAUCAUUUCUGCCAUGGCGUACCAAUCAUCCUGGUUGGAUGCAAGGCAGAUCUACGGAAGGACAAAACCCUGGCAAGAAAGCUCUGGUCGUCAGGCCAAAACCUUAUCACAUACAUCCAGGGAGAAGAAACUAAAAGGACAAUAAAUGCUGAGCUGUAUAUGGAAUGUUCAGCCAAGUGCAAUGAAAAUGUGGAUGACAUAUUCAGAGAGGCAACUAAAAAAGCCCUUGCGGCAACGAGCCCACCCAAAAACACAGAGCGGAAAGGGCUUUGUGCACUUCUGUAACAGCCACGAAACCACCAAGUAAACGCUAAGCUAACACUAGUCUGAAAACUGACCAGAUAAGGACAACCAGUCUUUGGCCUGAAUUACGUUUUUUUUUGCUGACACAUUUCUGUGGUUUCCAAUCAUUACCGAGCACAUUCAGGAAAAGACACUGUUUCUGCAAAAACUGUGACUAGAAGAAAUAACCAAUGGUAGUAUUCAAAUUGAAACAUAAAAACCUUUAUUAGUCAUAAUUUGCCUCUUGCAUGUGUUUAAAACAAAGGAAAAUAUGUAGAUAUACUUUAUAUAAAAUCUUUAAGAAUAAAUAAACAGUUCAUAUGGUUCAUGUGAGUAUGUAACCAAUCUCCUCUGUGAUGUUCAUAACUACAUAUUUGUAGAGCACAAAAUAUAUCCUUAAUGAAACUGUAGGCCUAUUACACAGACCAAGACUGCAAAGCAUGAAAGUAACCCACAUUCAAUGGUCCAUGCCGUGUCUUUUUCCUAAAGUGGUUUUCUGUACCUAACUGAGAAGAGAAAUAUACAGUGUAUGAGUCUCUCUUUCUCUCUCUCUCUCUAUAUAUAUAGACAUCAUGUGAAGUAACCUUUCAAGUGUGAAGUGUAAUUCUGCUUAGAAUAGGUUACUUCACAUGAAACAGUCUGAAGAUUGCACAUAAUGUGACAAGAAAUUUCAGAUGUGCCACAGGACAAUUUAAAAAGCUAAAAAUCCACAAAGGAACCAUAUAUAACUGGAGUGAGCCUUAUCAUGCAAAAACAAAACGUAUAAAA